AUGGAUAGUACAACUAAAGUGGAAAACACACCCCAGGCGGGUAUGAGCUUUGACUCUGAGUCCCGCCCCGCAGAAGCUGUAAACAUCCUUCUCUUCGGAGAAACAGGGAGAAGAUCGCCCAUUGAUGUACAGCCGACUCCGCAAGGCGUAAGUCCUUUUAUGAGGAGUGCCAAAACUCAGAGAUCUCCCAUGCGGUCGAGACCUGAGGAAUUAAUAACUAACCAAAUAAACAGAACAGAAAAACAAACAGAAAAAGAAAUACACUUAGAUCGAGACAGACAGACAGCCAACGAAGUAAUAAUAGACGAUGAAGAACAACAAAACGCAAAAAAGAAAAGAAAACGCAGCAGAAAACACAGCCCAAACGAGAAACUUAAAGAAACCCACGAGACACAGCUCGUUGAACAGAACUAUACAUUAAAACUGAAACACACCAAACUCGAAACGCUGAGCCCUUUUCAGAUGCAGCGAGAGAUAUUCCAAUGUGUGGGGGAAGCAGUAGAAAUAAAAAAAAUAGCGCAAGAUACCCUAAAUAUUAAACUAAAAAACCUGAAUCAAUUAUACAAAUUACAACAGCUUGCUACAAUAUGUAAAGAAGAGGCAGAGGUCAAACCAAACGAUCGAUUAAAUAAGUCAAUAGGAAUCAUUAGGAGUAACGACCUACUAGCGUGCAGUAAUGAAGAGCUGCUAACAGAAUUAAAAGACCAAGGAGUGAGCGAGGUAAUGAGAAUACUGAAAAAGGAAGGGAGCGAACUGAAACCGACUGCAUCAAUUAGAAUAACGUUCAAUAGUAGUCAGCUACCAAAAGUAAUAUACGCAGCGUAUCUCCGAAUUGAGGUAAAACAAUGUAUACCGCUUCCCAUUCGCUGCCUUAACUGUCUAAAAUUUGGACACCCGCAAAAAUAUUGCACAGCCAAGCAAAUGUGUGACUGUGGGAAAGAGCGACACGAGGCAGGAACCAACUGCGACACACCGCCUAAGUGUAUAAACUGCAACGAGCCCCACCGCACCAGGUCGUCUGAAUGCGAUGCCUGGCGAACGGAAAAGGAAAUAAUCAAAUACAAAACAAUACACAAGACAUCGUAUUGGCAAGCGAGGCAAACAGUGACCAGUAAGUCAUAUGUGAGACAGUCAACAUCAUAUGCGGGAGCGGUAAUUCGUAAGACGACACCAUUACCUCCGUCUAGGGAGCAAGUAAGACACAACGAUUUACUACACAAAGAAACAAAAAAACCUUACGAAUUAUCGAGAAUCACCAAAGCGGAUAGGUCCGAGUCAAUGUCAUCAAUAAUCUCGAUAGAAAGUCCGAGUGUUAGCCUUGGGCAGCAAGGGCCACCUAUAAAACACUGGAAUGACAAUAGUUGUGGGCAAGAAACAGAGGAUACUGACUCUGCCGAUACCGAAGCAUCGCAAUCACAACCAAAAAAACCAAAGAACCCAAGAGGGUGGCCACGAGGCAAACCAAGAAUAAACCAAAGAAAAGAUCCGGAAGUGACAACCUACGUCAAAAGGAAAAAAAAAGAUACUUAA